UUUUUUUUUUUCCUCAUCAUCAGUCUCCACCACUUCUGUUCUUUCCCUCCUUUCUUCACCUCAUCUUCCAUCCUCAUCUCUUACGACUCCAACUCAUGUCAAAGUUCAUCAAGAGCGUUCUCGCUCUGGUCACUGUGGCAUUGGUCUGCAUGGUCGCUAUUACGACCGUCAAAGCCGAUGCUGACGAGACCCGCGAGUCCUAUGGCACUGUCAUUGGUAUCGAUCUUGGAACCACCUACUCCUGUGUCGGCGUCUACAAGAAUGGACGCGUUGAAAUUAUCGCCAAUGAUCAAGGUCAUCGUAUCACUCCCUCCUAUGUCGCAUUCACUGAGGACGAGCGUCUUGUCGGAGAUGCCGCCAAGAAUCAGUACGCUGCCAACCCCACCAACACAAUUUUUGAUGCCAAACGUCUGAUUGGUCGCCGUUUCGAUGAUAAGGAUGUCCAGAAUGAUAUUAAGCACUUCCCAUUCAAAGUCAAGAGCAAAGGUGGCGCUCCUGUCAUCCAGGUCGAGGUCAAAGGAGAGCCAAAGACCUUCACGCCUGAGGAGAUUUCCGCUAUGGUUUUGGGCAAGAUGAAGGAGAUUGCCGAAGCCUUCCUUUCCAAGAAGGUUACCCACGCCGUCGUCACUGUCCCCGCCUACUUCAACGACGCUCAGCGUCAGGCUACUAAGGAUGCCGGUGCUAUUGCUGGCUUGAACGUCCUCCGUAUUGUCAACGAACCCACCGCCGCCGCAAUCGCUUACGGUUUGGACAAGAAGGAUGGUGAGCGCACUAUUCUCGUCUAUGAUCUUGGUGGUGGUACUUUUGAUGUCUCUCUUUUGUCGAUCGACGACGGUGUCUUUGAAGUUCUCGCCACGUCUGGUGACACUCACUUGGGAGGAGAGGAUUUCGACCAGCGUGUUAUUGAUCACUUUGUCAAGCAAUACAAGAAGAAGAACGGCAAGGAUAUCACCAAGGAUCUCAAGACCAUGGGCAAGCUCAAGCGUGAGGUUGAGAAGGCCAAGCGCACUCUUUCUUCCCAGAUGUCUGUCCGUAUUGAGAUUGAUUCUUUCCAUGAAGGUAAUGACUUUUCCGAGACCUUGACCCGCGCCAAGUUUGAGGAGCUCAACAUGGAUUUGUUCAAGAACACAAUCAAGCCUGUCGAGCAAGUCCUCAAGGAUGCCGGCCUCGAAAAGAGCGAUAUUCAUGACAUUGUCCUCGUUGGUGGUUCUACUCGUAUCCCCAAGGUCAUCUCUCUUAUUGAGGACUUCUUUGGUGGUAAGAAGGCAUCCAAGGGUAUUAAUCCUGAUGAAGCUGUCGCUUAUGGUGCCGCUGUUCAGGGUGGUGUCCUCUCUGGUGAGUCUGCCGCUGAUUCCGUCCUUCUUUUGGAUGUCAACCCGUUGACCCUCGGAAUUGAAACCACUGGAGGUGUUAUGACCAAGCUUAUUCCCCGCAACACUGGUAUCCCUACCAAGAAGUCUCAAAUUUUCUCUACCGCCGCCGACAAUCAGCAGACUGUUUUGAUUCAGGUCUUUGAGGGAGAGCGUGGUAUGACUAAGGACAAUAACCAGCUCGGCAAGUUUGAGCUGACCAACAUUCCCCCAGCUCCUCGUGGUGUUCCUCAGAUCGAGGUCACUUUUGAGAUUGAUGCCAACGGUAUCUUGCGUGUCUCUGCCUCUGACAAGGGCACUGGCAAGACUGAGAGCAUCACCAUCACUAACGACAAGGGCCGCCUUUCUGACGAGGAAAUUGAACGCAUGAUCAAGGAGGCUGAGCAGUUUGCCAGCGAGGAUCAGGCAAUCAAGGAACGUGUUGAAGCCAAGAACGUUCUCGAGAACUACCUUUACUCUGUCAAGAACCAGGUCACUGAUGACUCUCAGUUGGGAGCUAAGAUUGACGCUGAUGAUAAGAAGACCAUCUUGGAUGCCAUUGCCACCAAGAUCUCGUGGCUUGAGUCCGAGGGUGCCUCUGCCACUAAGGAGGAGCUUGAUGAGAAGAAGGAGGAGAUUGAGGCCAUUGUUAACCCCAUCACCUCUAAGCUCUACGGCUCCUCCGGCGGCUCCGGCACUCCUCCUAGUGAGGAGAUGCCUUCGCACGACGAGCUUUAAAAAAAAUGCAUUCUCUCCCCUCGGGCAGAUUCUUUUUUCUUUAUCGUAAAAUAAUAUUUUUGCCAGCUCAUUCUUUUUUUUUUCUGCUUGUACAGUAAUCAAAUCCCCAAUAAAGUAAAGAAAAAAAAUCUUUUUGAAAUAAACCAUAGCCUUGAAACUACA